UCUUUGGUCGGUCACUGACGGUCAAUCAGAAUCAGUCAAUGUGAAAUUUUGUUGAGAAUUGGAAUAUUUGAGCAUUUAUUUGUUCUUUUCUCCACUUUGCGGCUUAGCUGCAUUUAAAAAAGUUAUUUAAAAGCGAGUAAGUCAGGAAUUCUGUGUUUCUGUUACAAAUAAAUAAAAGCAACUCAAAUCUAACAGUACACUCGCAAGUAACGAGAUGGAGAUUGAGAUCUUGAACGCUUCUGGAUCUAAGCCUUUGGGAAAAAUAGUAGUCAAUGAAAGUACUACUAUAAAAAAUGUGAAAGAUAAGAUUUACCAGACCGUCAAAAGAUCUUUGCACCCCGACCGGCAAGCUAUUAAAUUAGAAGCUAAAGGAAAAUCAUUGAAAGAUGAAGAAACACUAAAGUCUCUGAAUAUCCAAGAAGGUUCUAAGUUGUAUGUCAAGGAUCUAGGACCACAGAUUUCCUGGAAGAAUGUGUUUCUUGCUGAGUAUGCUGGCCCAUUAUUUAUUUAUCUAUGGGUUUACCAAAGGCCUUGGAUGCUCUAUGGUGAAUCUACAUUGGCACCAGGGACAGUGGCUACAGUGGCAACUGCAUGCUGGUCCUUCCACUAUGGCAAGAGGUUGCUAGAGACCCUCUUUGUUCAUCGUUUCUCUCAUGGUACUAUGCCCCUGCGGAACUUGUUCAGGAACUGCUCCUACUACUGGCUAUUCACCCUGUAUGUGGCAUACCACAUCAACCACCCUCUAUACACCGCUCCCUGCAACACCUGCUAUUACAUUGGACUUGUCGGAUUUAUUUUCUGUGAGCUGGGUAACCUGAGCAUCCACUUGCUUUUGAAGAAUUUGAGACCUCCCGGUACUAAAGUGAGGCGCAUCCCUGUUCCCGAUGGCAACCCCUUCUCUCUUCUUUUCAACUAUGUGUCCUGUCCUAACUACACCUACGAGUUUGGAUCAUGGCUAUUCUUCACUAUCAUGACUAAAUGUGCUCCAGCUGGUCUGUUCGCUGCCGCCGGCUUCUAUCAAAUGGCAGUAUGGGCCAUCGGGAAACACCGCAACUACAAGAAGGAAUUCGCUGACUACCCCAAGGGACGUAGAGCUAUCUUGCCUUUUAUUCUAUAAGUAAAUUAAGUUUUGAUAUUCCAAAUAUAUACUAAAUAGACAUUCAAUGUUAAUUAGCUAGACGAGGACUCAUUAGUCACAAGUAUACUCCUACGUCUUAUUUCUAUGGGCGGGUAUUAGCUAAGACAAUUAUGGGUGAUGGCUUAUGUUCUGAAUGACCUGAUGCAAUGGCAUCAAAUACAGUUUUCGUUAAGAAAAUAUUAAUUUAUAUUUUUGCAAUAAUUUUUACGUUAUCAAAUAGGGCUUUUACUUUAUAACUUUUAAACAAGUUUUACUGUUUAAAAUACCCAACGAUAGACCAGA